GCAUAAUCAAUUUGACAACUUGUUUGGCUAAUUCUCGCAUUGGAAAUCUUCUUUCUGGUUUUUCCCUGGAUAAAAUCAUCCUUAAUUGUUUCGUCCACCUUGUCAUUAGUUACUUACGAAAAACAAACUAAAAGGAAGCGACAAAAUCGGCUCUUGCCUCUCCAGAAAGCAACAAGAUUGGUUCCUUCGAUCUUAUUUCUUUGUUUUGGACUGUUUUUUUGACGUGAAGAAGAGAAUUUAGAACUGUUUAUGGAAAAGGGAAUUUAGACAUUUUGCAAAAGCAAGGAAGAAGAAGUGAAGCAGAAGAAGAAGGAAAGAAUGCGACUUGGGAAAUACGAGUUGGGUAGGACCCUGGGUGAAGGCAAUUUUGGCAAAGUCAAGUUCGCCAAGAACACUGAUUCUGGUCAACCUUUUGCUGUUAAGAUCAUCGAGAAGAACAAGAUCAUCGACCUAAACAUAACCAAUCAGAUAAAGAGGGAAAUAGCCGCCUUAAAGCUCCUCAGACAUCCCAACGUUGUUAGAUUAUACGAGGUCUUGGCUAGCAAAACAAAAAUUUAUAUGGUACUUGAAUAUGUGAAUGGAGGAGAGUUAUUUGGCAUGAUUGCAUCCGAAGGUAAACGUUCAGAAAGUGAAUGCAGAAAGCUGUUCCAACAGUUGAUUGAUGGGGUGAGCUACUGCCACACUAGAGGUGUCUUUCACAGGGAUCUCAAGCUUGAGAAUGUACUGGUGGAUAACAAAGGAAACUUGAAAAUAACUGAUUUUGGUCUUAGUGCUUCACCCCAGCAUCUCAGGGCAGAUGGAUUGCUGCAUACAACUUGUGGAAGUCCUAAUUAUGUUGCUCCUGAGGUUCUUGCUAAUAGGGGCUAUGACGGUGCAACAUCAGAUACAUGGUCAUGUGGUGUUCUAUUAUAUACAAUUCUAACUGGAUGUUUACCUUUUGAUGACAGAAAUAUGGUAGUUCUCUAUCAGAAGAUUUUCAAAGGAGAUGUUCGGAUACCAAAAUGGCUAUCACCAGGUGCACAAGCCUUGAUAAAGAGGAUUCUUGAUCCAAAUCCUGAAAAACGGAUAACAAUGGCUGGGAUCAAAGAAGAUCCGUGGUUUAAGAAGGGUUAUGUUCCAGCAAAUGCUGAAGAUGAGGAUGUGUACGUUGACAAUGAAGCAGUUUCCAUGCAUGAAGCAGAACAGAGGAAUUCAGGAUCAUCACCAGCCCUUAUCAAUGCAUUUCAGUUGAUAGGGAUGUCUUCGUGCCUAGACCUCUCUGGCUUCUUUGAGACAGAGGGUGUUUCUGAGAGGAAGAUAAGAUUUACAUCAAAUCUUUCAGUUAAAGAUCUGAUUGAGAGGAUUGAGGACACUGUGACAGAUAUGGAAUUUAUAGUCCAGAGGAAAAAUGACAAAUUGAAAGUGAUUUGGGAGAACAAGGUACACAAAACUACUGGAUGCCUUUCAGUGGCAGUAGAGGUGUUUGAAAUAAGCCCAUCACUGUCCGUUGUAGAAUUAAGGAAGUCUUGUGGUGAUACUUCUGUAUAUAAACAGUUAUGCAAUAAAUUAUUGAAUGAUUUGAGUGUUCCCCCAAACAAGUGCUUGUGAACUCAGCAGCCAUGUAGGUGCCACAGAUACUGCAUUAUUGUAAUUAUUAAGAGGAAGAAAAAUGCAGAAAUGUUAGAUAGGGAUGGCUGCACUCGUUAUAGGGAUGACUGCACUUUUGAGUUGAGCAAUUCAUCAAACAGAUGAAGUGGGAAAGAUCUGCAAACUUGAUUCUUUUCCUUCUGUAAUGUUGUUCUUCAUGUUUUUCUUAUCAAUAAUGAAAAUAAAAAUAUGUUCAAAAUUAAACACACUA